AAACUCUCUGCUAUUCUUUCUACUCUUAGAUCGCACGGAAGGGAACGUCCGUGAGUAAUCCGUUAAUUUAUAUCUGUUUCAAUACUUUGUGUUAAUUUACAAAACGAAUUGCGUCCUCAUCGAUUCAAGAGUGUCAAUAUCUACCGUUGAGGUAAACAUGUCGAUAGCACAAGAUCGUCCAGAACUAUACGAAGAAGUGAAACUUUAUAAGAACGCCCGAGAACGCGAGAAAUAUGAUAACCAAGCAGACUUGUAUGCGGUAGUAAACACUUUACAACACCUGGAAAAAGCUUACAUACGAGACUGCGUUACUCCAAAAGAAUACACGGCAGCUUGCAGUAAAUUACUCGUACAGUACAGAGCAGCAUUCAAGCAAGUCCAAGGUGAUCAAUUUUCUACCAUAGAUGCCUUUGCCAGGGCAUUUCGAUUGGACUGUCCAGCAGCACUAGAAAGAAUAAAGGAAGACAGACCUAUUACUAUUAAAGAUGAUAAAGGCAACACCUCUAAAUGUAUCGCCGAUAUCGUUUCUUUAUUUAUCACUUUGAUGGAUAAGUUGCGCUUAGAAAUUAAAGCCAUGGAUGAGCUACACCCGGACCUGCGCGAUUUAAUGGAUACUAUGAAUCGCCUCAGCAUACUUCCCACCGACUUUGGUGGCAAGCAAAAGGUUGCCGAAUGGCUUCAGACCCUCGACAGCAUGUCAGCAUCCGAUGAACUCUCGGAGACUCAAGUUAGGCAGCUUAUUUUUGAUCUUGAAACUUCUUAUAAUGCGUUUAACAAGAUACUUCAUAAUUCCUAACUCGUCGAUAUAAAAAUGUACAGCAAAUAACGAUAUAUCUCAUUUUUACUUUAAAAAGAUAUUUUAUGGUAAGAUAAUUCCUUUAAAGAUAGGUUAUUAUGUGUUAUAUAAGAGUUCAAUUACUAUUGCGUCUACUCUGUUUAGAACUCUUCCAGUUUUCGUGUGCAUAUAAUGUAAAUAUUGCAAGCCUAAAUCGUUAGAUAAAUAUAAAAGUUGCAUUGUACUGCAUAUAAUUAUAUUUUUAUAUACUUUUCAUUAAACGAUUAUUCUUGUGCUUGGA